CCCGGGUGGGCGGGUCUUUGUGGGUCGGCUCUAUCGACAGUAUGGCGGACGAUGGCGACAACUCGAGUGGAGCAGUUGACACCAGUGGCGGGCAGAGAACUUCAGAGGAGUCUGACGGGUUCAGUCUUGGCGGGAUGUUGUUAAAUUUAAGUAUUUUAGUUUUAGUGGUUGCGAUCUGCUAUGUUAUUUAUCGGCGAUGGGGUAAACGGAUUGGUGCUGACGCGGCCCAGGCAAGCGAGGCCUCAUCUCUUCCAAAGAUGAGAAGACGUGAUUUCACUUUGGAGCAACUUGGGGAAUACGAUGGACUGCAAAACCCCCGGAUCAUGAUGGCAGUUAAUAUGAAAGUAUUCGAUGUUACCACCGGCAAAAAGUUUUAUGGUCGAGACGGUCCAUAUGGUAUCUUUGCGGGCCGGGAUGCAUCGAGGGGUCUGGCCACGUUCUGUUUGGAGAAAGAUGCCCUGAGGGAGGAGUACGAUGACCUGUCAGACCUCAACGCUGUUCAGAUGGAGUCAGUCAGAGAGUGGGAGAUGCAGUUCAUGGAAAAAUAUGAUUAUGUUGGUCGGCUAUUAAAGCCCGGGGAUGAGCCUUCAGAAUACACAGAUGAGGAGGACAUCAAGGACCACCUGAAACAUGACUGAACUGUUGCUCUGUUCUGUUCACACCACCAACCAAAGCCAGGACCCAAACAGCUGCCAGCGCCCGCCUGCCCCUCCCCCGCCCUCCUCUGUCCCCCGCCCCCCCCGCCCUCCUCUGUGCCCCGCCCUCCUCUGUGCCCCGCCCUCCUCUGUCCCCUGCCCUCCUCUCACCCUCCUCUGUCCCCCGCCCUCCUCUGUCCCCCGCCCUCCUUCCUCCUCUGAUUGGAUGGCCCAGUGGGCGGGCUCUGGACUGACUCCUCCCCUCCACCAUACAGAUCACCACCAACAGAAACCAAUGUUGACAAACUGUUUCUGGGGGAUUUGAAGGACAUUAACUUGUCUGGGUUUUGUGCUGUUAGAAUAUCUGAAAAAGGAAAAGAAACAAAACAUUGCUAGAAUGCUAGAAUUUUCCUUGUGAUGUCACGGUUCUCUUCAUGUUAACAGAAGCAGAGUGGUUGUCAAGCUGAGUGGUUGUGAUGGUCAGAGAAGACGGUGGAAAGGGAGAUCUUUUAGUUUUGUUCUUAUCCCUCCCCUCAACUGCUUUAGCAUUCGAUUUGAACCUUAUCAAUCAAUUAAUCGAUUGCCUGUGGGACUUUUGUUGAAGAAAAAAACAUUUGUUUAACGUUCCCCAAUUGAAAAGGCAGUGCUGUGGCCUAACCAAAGGCAAUGGGAGGGGAGUUGUAUGUUCCUGUGUUGGUAGUGUGUACACUACUAGGUUCUCUCUGUCAACAUGUCGUUCUGUUUGUGGGGUUCCAUGUGAUUCUAUUUGUGUGUGUGUCUUUAGUUAGGUAGAUGUCCUUGCCACAACAUAUUUAGAAUCACUCAGAUUGAUUGAUUGAUUGGGAAUACAAAGGGAAGGUCAGCUGACAGACAGUUCUAAUCAAUCAACCAUUUCCAAGCCACACAACUAGAUGUCUGUACAAUCCCCUGGACAAGAAAUGGUCAAAGUAUUAAUUGUGCCUUAUUUUGUUUUAUACUACUAAAAUCCUGACCAGUCUAAAAAAAAAAGAAAAAUAAGUAGGAGAUUUGUAAAACUAUUGUACCCUUCCUGUUUAUUAGUUCUUUAUCUUGAAGGUGUUCUAAGAGCAGUCUGCUUUAGAGGAAUCAGAUGAAGGCAUGCUCUGGUCUGAGAGAGACUCCCCACAUCACAACCUUGUAUGUGUAUAUAUAUAUAGACCUCUGUGUUACUGCCAUAUUUAUGUAGUUAAUGAUGAACUCCAUAUAUUUCUGUGUUGUAUUGGCCAAAAGCCCCAUGUUUUUUUUUUUUUUUUUUUUAAUGUGGGUGAAUUUCAAAAGGAACGUUGAAAGUGCUGUGGGGUGGGAUCGGGGAAUGUUCAAAUUUGGGAAAGAAGUCGCUUGUAAAUAUAUCUAUCAUUUUAUUGAAGCAUGUGCAACAAUGGUGAACUAUGCUGAAUUCCUGCCAAGUCAUGUAUUUAAUGUUGGGUAUGUGUCUGCAGAGAGAGACCGAGGCAAGGGAUUCCUUCAUGCAUAAUAAACUGAUUUGGUUAAUAAUUAA